AUGUACCUUCUGCUACAUUCCGAGAUGGUGGCAUCUUUGAGGGAGCAGGGAAGUGAACAAGCAGAGGCCAAGCUGCGAUCGACGGGAUUCGCCACAGGCCUCAGGCUCAUCACCCGGCUUACUGCAUCCAAGAUUCCGAUCACGACAGAGCGUAUGGUCAUGAAGUUCGUGUGCAAAGAGCUGUGGACAUAUCUUUUCAACAAGCCCGCCAGCCGCCUGCAGGUGGACAAACAAGGCCGCUACCUUAUCCAGGACCACGCGUUUCGAUGGCUUCAGAGUUUCCCCGUCCUGUCGGCUGAUGCGCCGCGCUCUGUCAAUUCGACUGCAAGCCAGGAAGCCAGUGUCCUGUCGGAGCUCCAAGAGCUCACAGCCUUGCACCUGGCCCUGCCUUGUGGCGUACUACAAGGAGCCCUCUUCGGUCUUGGCCUGGAGCGUCGUGUCGCCGCGGACGCCACCCUUCCCUCGGUGACCUUCACCGUGGCGCAGGCCACACCCUCCAUGGCUUCUGGUGCCGAUGCCGGUGCUGCGGCUCCCAGUGAGGCGUCUCUCAACCUCUAG